GAAAAGGAAUAACUAUAACCAACAAAAGUAUAAGGGUUCUUCUCUCUGUGAUGUCAUGAUAAGAAUUGAGUACGUUCACUGUGACACUUGAAAUAAAGUUUAAAAUAAUUGUAGCACAAUGGCAAAUUCCCUCAAAGUCAAGAUUGACAAACUAUUUGCGGCUUAUAAGAAGCGGAUUGUAGAAAAUCCUCAGCUGGUAUCGGAAGUUGAGGUUGCAAUCAAAUGGUUGUCUUACUUCAGUGUUGGACAUUUCAACAAUUCAAAUUUGGCUUUGGAAAUAAUUUAUUCCAUGCCAAACUUGAUUAUGUUAUCUAAUGAUAUGCUUAUGUAUCAUAGUAAUAACUUGCACCCAAAGAUACCACAGUAUGAAUCAAAAAUUAAAAUUUUGUUAACUGUAUUGGAAUAUACACAGACACUGCUAGAGGCAACAGGCAAGAAGUUGGGGGGAGAAAUAGGCAGGUGGUUAAUUAUUGCAGUUGUACAGUUUACCAAAACACUAUUGCGGCUUUUAUUGAUUUAUGUAUGUAAAGAACGUAUAACAAAGAAUCCUUCAGUACCACCACUUAACAGGAAAUUCUUUAAUAAAGCUACUGGUAACUUACAAUUGAAAGAAGGAUUUAAAUUAAAAAGAUCUGGUGUUGUUGUUAGAGCUAUAAAAUAUGCGGAACCUAUACAGUUACGGACUUGGAAAGCUCUACCUUGUGAUGCAGAUGAAAAUCAAAAUCUUAGUAAAAAUCAGUGGUCUGAUAUAAGUCUCAAGUUGGCUGAGAGUCUUUAUGUAAUGAAGCCAUUGAUUUAUCUUGGAUGUAUAUCUGCUACCAGUCAACAGCACUGGCAACCGUGGAUGUUAUCGCUUCUUGUUGAUAUAACUAGUUUAUACACUUUUUCUCACUGUUCUCGGAAUACAGUGUUAAGCAAAGAGGAGAAUAUAGAACUGAUAAGUCGAAAGAUAAAUUUGCUGCUGUAUAUUUUAAAGUCGCCAUUUUAUGAGAAAUAUGGCCGUGCUAAAAUAAACAUAUUGCUUGAUAGGAUAUCUGCCUCUGUGCCUCUUACUAAUUUAUUGAUGAAUUCUCUUAAGAGAAACUUAGAAUAUAUUAACAAAAUAAAUUAUGUGAAGGGUAUAAGUAAGAAACAAUGACUUCUCCUCUCAUGCGGCACGUUGCUCCUUCCUGUCAACUUGUUAAUCAACAUCACAUUCAGAAUUUCUGCG